AUGCUUGCAUUCACUUUAAUCACUCUCCCUUUCGUCAUGCUCUCCCUCUCGGCAUUCGCUCUCACGGAAAGCAACGCCCACGAGGCGUCUCGUCACCACUCACGCGACAUUGCUCGUCGAGCCAGGAGCGACGUUAGGCUAUACAAACGCUUCGACAACGCUAAAUUCACGUUUUAUGAUGUUGGAAAAGGCGCUUGCGGUCAUACUAACCGGGGCUCCGAAUAUGUUGUCGCCGUGAACUCUGCUCAAUACGGGAAAGAUUACCCCGGACCUCAUUGCUUCAAAGAGAUCACCAUCACUUACAACGGCAAGUCUGCGCAGGCCUCUGUGGUGGAUGAGUGCCCGGGAUGCCCGUGCGGAGGUCUCGAUCUAUCACGCGGGCUAUUUGACUACCUGGCCGACGAAAAUCAAGGCGUCAUCUACGGCUCGUGGUGGUUCAACGAUGACGAUCGCUCUAAUUCGUUCCGUUGUUGA